CAUAAAUACUGAUCCAGACAUUCGUUCCACUUGCAGACUGCUCUAUCUGUACUUGCUAUUGGAUAUGAGCGGCGUGGCGGCGCUGAGUCUUUCUCUGAUCUUCACCUUGCUCAUGGUGGCCUCUGCCGAGCACGACUACGGCCAAGCUCUCAGCAAGAGCAUUCUGUUCUUCGAGGCGCAGAGGUCGGGCUACCUGCCCGCCGACCAGAGGGUGGAUUGGAGAGGAAACUCCGGCCUGCAUGACGGAAUGGCCAACGGAGUUGACCUCGUCGGAGGGUACUAUGACGCCGGAGACAAUGUGAAGUUCGGCCUUCCAAUGGCAUUCACCGUCACCAUGAUAGCCUGGGGUGUGGCUGAAUACGGCAGGCAGAUGGAGACGAGUGGGGAGCUGGGGCACGCCAUGGAGGCCAUCAAGUGGGGCACCGACUACCUCCUCAAAGCCCACCCGCAGCCCUUCGUCCUCUACGGCGAAGUGGGCGAUGGAAACACAGACCACCACUGCUGGCAGCGGCCUGAGGACAUGACGACGAGUCGGCUGGCCUACCGCAUCGACGCCAACCGCCCCGGAUCGGACCUCGCCGGCGAGACUGCAGCGGCGAUGGCAGCAGCUUCCAUGGUCUUCCUGCGCUCGAACCCCGCCUAUUCCCGCCGUCUUCUCAGCCACGCACGACAACUCUUCGAGUUCGCAGAUAAGUACAGGGGGAAGUACGACCACAGCAUCCUCGUGGCGCAGAACUACUACGGAUCCUUCAGCGGAUACGAGUAUGAACUGCUGUGGGCGGCGGCGUGGCUGUACCAUUCCACGCAGGAGCAGCAGUAUUUGGACUACAUAGCGAGCAAUGGCGACGCGCUCGGCGGGACGGAAUGGGACGCGACGGAGUUUGGUUGGGACGUUAAAUACGCAGGCGUUCAAGUCCUCGCCGCCAAGUUCUUUCUACAAGGCCGGGCAGCUCAACCGGCGCCGGUUCUGGAGAGGUACCAGCAGAAGGCCGAAUCCUUCAUGUGCUCCUGCAUCGGCAGAGGAACAAACAACGUGCAGAGGACGCCCGGAGGACUCCUGUUCCAUCAGUCCUGGAAUAACUUGCAGUUCGUCACGGGCGCCGCCUUCCUGCUCACCGUCUACUCUGACUACCUCUCCUCCGCCGGCCGGAGUGCGGCCUGCGCUUCGGGAGCCACCUCUCCGGCUGAGCUUCUCAGUUUCGCCAAGUCUCAGGUGGAUUACAUCCUCGGAGACAACCCGAGAGGCACCAGCUACAUGGUAGGCUACGGCGACACUUUCCCUCGGAAAGUUCAUCACCGCGGUUCGUCGAUCGUGUCCAUCAAGGUUAGUCCUGCAACCGUGAGCUGCAGGGAAGGCUACGACACAUGGUUUGCCCGGAAGCAGAGCAAUCCCAACGUACUGGUCGGCGCAAUCGUGGGCGGCCCGGACGCCGAUGACAAUUUCGUGGACGAGAGGUAUAACUAUGAUCAAACGGAGCCGACGACCUACAACAACGCGCCGAUUCUCGGUGUGUUGGCUCGCCUUCACGGCGGCCAUGGCGGAUACAACCAGCUCCUCUCGGGCGCUGUCCCUCUCCCAAGCAUGCCCGUCGGGAGGAAACCAUCUUCCCAGGCGUUUGCGAUCGAGCAAAGGCAGACGACGUCAUGGAACUACAGGGGAAAGACUUACUACAGAUACGCCGCGGUGGUGACGAACAAGUCGGCGAGGACUGCGGUGGAACUGAAGCUCUCUGUAUCACAACUCUACGGCCCUAUUUGGGGACUCGCGAACUCCGGCGACAAGUACACGUUCCCGGAAUGGCUGAGCUCCCUUCCUGGGGGGGAAAGCUUCGACUUCGUCUACAUCCAAGCUGCUCCUCCGGCGGUCGUCACCGUCGCAGGCUACAAGUUGAUUCAGUGAGGGAUGAUAUAUGAAUUUUGGAGAGUUGAAGAGUGAAAGAGAGUUCAUAAAAUGCUCCUCCUCUUUUCUUCCUCCUCAGAUAGUUCGAUUGAAAUACAAGUGUUGAGAGAAAGAGAUGUUCUGUUGGAACGUGCUGCGUUCUUCGUGAUAUCUCUAGCUGAUAUUGUGUCUAAGGCGGGCCCUAUCAUUUAGAAUAAGAGAAAAUUUGACCG